AUGGCUGAACCUCAGGUUUUGAUUUUGGGGCAGUCCUUCAUCAGGUGUUUGCAUGAGUUGGUGCGUCUGCCUACAAACGCUUUACGGGAGGAUUUUGACAUCACCACCCCUAUGAACCUGCGCUGGCAUGGAGUAGGGGGACGAACUGUGGCCAAAGUCAUACGCUACGAUUUGGAGAUAGUCCGACAAUUUUCACCUGACAUUGUACUGAACGAUAUCAGUGAUCGUUCAAUCCGUUCUGCUCUAACUGUCGGUUCACAGUUAGAGGACCUAACAAAGCUAUUACAUGAACAAUUCGGCGUAACCGUGGUUUGCGUGUGCCAAACUAUACUAAGAGAGAACGCGCACUUAAACGUACGCAUUCGCACAUUGACGGAUUAUUUACGCGUUGUCCUACAGCCCCUUCCAUUUGCAUUUUACUGGAGACACAGGGGAUUUUGGAGGACAACACAGUCAUUCUUAUUGCACGAUGGAGUUCAUCUGAACCAACGUGGACCGUUUAAACUUUAUCGAAGUUUGAGGGGGGCUUUGAUCCAAUCACUUAAAGUGUUUAAUGAUGUACAAAGUUAGAGUCUUAGAUCUGUACUAUAGCUCAUUAUUUCCUCUUUAUUGGACAUUUUGCCAAGUUAAAUAUUCUUUUUGCGUUGGUACUUGGUAGUGUAAUUCGCCAUUGUACUCACAACGUAUUGUUUGUCCUUGAGCCUUGUUUGGCCGGUCACGGUUGAUUUUAUGCUUUGUCUCCAAAUGAGUGGGCCGCCUGUGUUGCGUGCCAUAGCACUCGGAGUCCCAAGCUAUUUGUACGUAUUUGAGGAUACGAGCGUACGAUCUAAUGACAAUUCUUAAUUUUAAUACCGCAUUUAUUUGACCUGUGGCAGUUAUUGCGAUACAACUACAGAUUACGACUUACACGAGAACAUUAAUACGUUUGGAUAAAUUAACACUCUCUAUUCUUUACAAGUACGCCUCCACGAAGUAAGCGUCUGAGACGCUCUGGCCCUUCUGCCUCUACAGUAAACAGCAUGGCAACCAGUACCGCUAGCACGUCGAGCAGCUUGUCAAAUAGUACCUCUAAUCAACAAGAUGGCACGAUGCAAGUACAUGUUACAGUGCUGUCCAGUGCCCUUUCUCUGGCUGUCCAAAAGGCCGUCCAGGACGCGCUACGACCACCACCGUCAGUAACAACGUCAACUAACGCAGCAUCAACGUCGACCGUGGUGUCCGCCCAUGUGCCUACUACAGCCUCGAUAGUCUAGGACUCUGUUGUGCAAGCGACGCAAGCUAUUACCGGGACUUCUGGAGGUAAUAUUGUAUCACCUAACAUGCAGAGUAUGCCAACCACACCCCUUUUUCAAGCGUCGCCAUCCCCCUUGGAAGUGCAGUUAGCGACAAAAUAAAAUCAAAAAUUUGGGCUAAUGAAUUUGUACACCUUGGAGCACUGCUCCAAACCGCGGUUCCACAAGAGCGUUUUGCUCUUGGGCUUUCGGCUACAGGCAAUGGCAAUAAGCCGCAGAUUACAUUAGAGCCAGCUAGCGCCCCACGUAAACUGAAUAGUAUUCAGCAGUGGGUCACGGUGUUCCACACGUUUAUGGCCAUUUAUUGCCAGAAGUUCGCAGGGGACACGGCCGCUUUGCUAAAAUAUUGUGAGACCGUUUGUGCCAUUGCAAACAAAAACGGAAACUGGGCUUACUAUGAUAAGCAAUUUAGAUAUUUGCGCCAGUCCGCCCCGGAUAGGUACCCUUGGGAGGAAGUCCAGUGGGAGUUAUGGCUCGAAGCCACUUCAGUUAACUUGCCUUUUCGUCCCCAGAGAGGUAACUUUUCCGCCGGGCGAGUCGGAAAAUCACGAAAAAUCCCUCUCGUUCAAGGAACAUGCUUUAACUUUGAUAACAGGAGGUUGUGUUCCAGAUGUUCCUUUACCCACAUCUGCUCCCGAUGUGGAGGUAAGCACGCAGCCAGAAAUUGCUCAGAGGGAGGGGAGCCACCAACCUCGAGCAUUAAGCCUAGUGGAACAACAGCGGUUAGCGCGUCUACUAGAGAGCAAUCCAGUCACCCCCGUAAGAAUUGAUCGUCUCACUUCAGUUCUGCGUGAUUACGACCCCUUAUUAAACAAUUUUUUGAUACAAGGCUUCUCAUAUGGGUUUCAUAUUCAUUACUCUAAUUUAAGAUCAAGCUUCGAAUCUCUAUAUUUGCUUAGUGCCAACGAUCAACCAAACAUCGUAACGGAUAAAUUACACAAGGAAAUCGAAGCCGGUAGGGUUGCAGGCCCAUUAAGCGCCCCGCCGUUCGAUAAUUUUGUCGUGUCACCAUUAGGAAUCGUCCCUAAGAAAGCACCCAAUGAGUUUCGACUUAUACAACAUUUGUCAUAUCUGCAUGAGAAUUCGGUUAAUUCAGGAAUUCCGGUAGACUUUUCUUCGGUACGCUAUGCGUCCAUUCAAGAUGCAAUAGUGUUUGUAAAACGUUUAGGAGUUGGCUGUUAUCUCGCUAAAACUGAUAUCAAAUCUGCCUUUAGAAUUAUUCCAACGAUAUCAGUGAUCGUUCAAUCCGUUCUGCUCUAACUGUCGGUUCACAGUUAGAGGACCUAACAAAGCUAUUACAUGAACAAUUCGGCGUAACCGUGGUUUGCGUGUGCCAAACUAUACUAAGAGAGAACGCGCACUUAAACGUACGCAUUCGCACAUUGACGGAUUAUUUACGCGUUGUCCUACAGCCCCUUCCAUUUGCAUUUUACUGGAGACACAGGGGAUUUUGGAGGACAACACAGUCAUUCUUAUUGCACGAUGGAGUUCAUCUGAACCAACGUGGACCGUUUAAACUUUAUCGAAGUUUGAGGGGGGCUUUGAUCCAAUCACUUAAAGUGUUUAAUGAUGUACAAAGUUAGAGUCUUAGAUCUGUACUAUAGCUCAUUAUUUCCUCUUUAUUGGACAUUUUGCCAAGUUAAAUAUUCUUUUUGCGUUGGUACUUGGUAGUGUAAUUCGCCAUUGUACUCACAACGUAUUGUUUGUCCUUGAGCCUUGUUUGGCCGGUCACGGUUGAUUUUAUGCUUUGUCUCCAAAUGAGUGGGCCGCCUGUGUUGCGUGCCAUAGCACUCGGAGUCCCAAGCUAUUUGUACGUAUUUGAGGAUACGAGCGUACGAUCUAAUGACAAUUCUUAAUUUUAAUACCGCAUUUAUUUGACCUGUGGCAGUUAUUGCGAUACAACUACAGAUUACGACUUACACGAGAACAUUAAUACGUUUGGAUAAAUUAACACUCUCUAUUCUUUACAAGUACGCCUCCACGAAGUAAGCGUCUGAGACGCUCUGGCCCUUCUGCCUCUACAGUAAACAGCAUGGCAACCAGUACCGCUAGCACGUCGAGCAGCUUGUCAAAUAGUACCUCUAAUCAACAAGAUGGCACGAUGCAAGUACAUGUUACAGUGCUGUCCAGUGCCCUUUCUCUGGCUGUCCAAAAGGCCGUCCAGGACGCGCUACGACCACCACCGUCAGUAACAACGUCAACUAACGCAGCAUCAACGUCGACCGUGGUGUCCGCCCAUGUGCCUACUACAGCCUCGAUAGUCUAG